UUUGGCCUUCAUUAUCAUUGUAGUUGACGUUUAGUUGAGUGUUUAGUUCUUUGUUCGAUUUGGAAAUUUGUCAUUUUUUCAAAAAGCUAAUUUUUGCCAUUUGAUUUUUUAAAAAAAGAAUACAAUAUGUAUUCAAAAACAAAAUUUAUACACAUCUUUACAUUAGUGUUUGCAUUGACAAUACAAACCAUAUGUUCAUUUGAAUAUAAACAUCAUAAUAAUGAAGAAUUGAAUCAAUUAUUACAAAAUAUUCAUCAUAAAUGUCCAUCAAUCACUCGAUUAUAUGAAUUGAGUGAAAAAAGUGUUAAUGGUUGGCCAUUAACUGUAAUUGAAAUAUCAACCAAUCCUGGUGAACAUGAAUUAUUAAAACCCGAAUUCAAAUAUGUGGCCAAUAUGCAUGGCAAUGAAGUUUUAGGUCGUGAACUAUUACUUCGUCUUGCUGAUUAUCUAUGCGAUGAAUAUCGAAAUAAUAAUGUUUAUGUACAGAAUCUAGUCAACAAUACACGAAUCCAUUUAUUACCAUCAUUGAAUCCGGAUGGUUGGGAAUUAGCUACAGCUAAUCUUGAUCAGAAUCAUGGAAGUGAUUGGCUUUUAGGUCGUUCAAAUCUAAAUGGUAUCGAUAUUAACCGGGAUUUUCCCGAUCUGGAUAUGGUUGCAUUUCGUCAUGGUACCAAAGAUGAUUUCUUAAAUACAUUGAUUUAUCAUAAAAUGCAACCAGAAACACGUGCUGCCGUUGUAUGGCUAUUAUCUAAUCCGUUUGUAUUGUCGGCAAAUCUUCAUGGUGGCGCUCUUGUUGCUAAUUAUCCAUUUGAUGAAACACCGGAUGGUAGUAUGAAUACAUAUACAGCAUCGGCCGAUGAUACAACAUUUCGACAUUUAGCACGAACAUAUGCUACAAAUCAUAAACGAAUGUCACAAAUAGGUACAGCAUGUGAACAGGAUGAAGAUUUUGGUAAACAAGGUGGUAUUACAAAUGGUGCUUCAUGGUAUUCAGUUGCUGGUGGUAUGCAAGAUUUUAAUUAUCUUGCUACGAAUACAUUCGAAAUUACAUUAGAACUUGGUUGCGAUAAAUAUCCACCAGAAUCAAAACUAGCAAAAGAAUGGGAAGAUAAUAAACAAGCAUUAUUAGAAUUUAUUAAUCAAGCACAUAUUGGUGCUAAAGGUUUAGUACGAGAUGAGAAUGGAAUGCCCGUUGAUAAUGCAAUUAUUCGUGUGCAGAAUAUUACCGAUGGUGUUAAUCAGAUUAUUAAUCAUGAUAUUAGUACAACCAAAAAUGGUGAAUAUUGGCGUCUUCUAACACCGGGACUAUAUAAAAUAAUGGCAGCAAAAUUUGGUUAUGUACCAGAAGUUAAAACGGUCAUGAUUGAACCGCGAAAUACGACAGCAACACAGGCAACAAAUGUUCAUUUUGUACUCAGAACUCUUUUUGAAUGAUGAUAGAAUUCUGAUCAUCAAUUUAAUUUUAAUUUUGCUUAAGGCAUCACUCAUUACAAAAACAAAAAAACAAACUGCAAGAUAUUCACAAGCAGCUGAC